AUGAACCAUAUGAAACCUGAUUAUAACUCACAAUACGAACUCUAUAACAACCACAACCAUUUACACGCCUACCAAGCCUCUGAUUCGUCUACAUCGAGUAAUCUUCCUGAUUCAGGAUGUCCGGACCCCUGGUCCCAGUCGCCGAUUUCGCCAACGAUGCCUAGCAGUCUUUAUAACAUGGGUCAAAUUCAGCACUAUCCCUCUUAUCUACCAACGACGCCCAGUUACCACCACGCGCAACCCUACGACCAGCAGUUCUAUAUGACGUCUCCGGGUAUACAAUCUCAGGGUUCAAACUUCCUUCCAACGGAUGAUUUCACAGCGGUUCACCACCACUAUCAUCCAGAGGUACAAUCGUACUUCAACCCUCCGGGUGGCAUUGAUAACCGUCCUCCGGUUGACUGUCAGUGGAUCAAUAGUCUGCCGUUCGUUCAGCAUGGAAGCCUGGAGCCUCAACCUUCUACGACUUCCCCGUCCGUCACGAGGCAGCUGGCCACUGAUGCCGUGUCCGAUGCUGCUGAGAAGAGACGUGUCAAUCCCCACAGGUUCUUUUGUCAAUAUUGCGACAGAGGUUUCACAGCGAGGCACAAUUAUACCCGUCACCUUGGGGCCCACAACGAUGUGCGGCCGUUUGGUUGUGAAUGCGGCUCAGCCUUCACGACUAAGUCAGACCUCAAGCGGCACCAGCUCAAGUCGAAAAAGCAUGGGAAUGCUCAAACCCACGCAACGGAAUGUAGUCAGUAG